AUGGUCUCAAUCGAAGAUUCUCGUUCCCACUCCAACCCCAGCAUCGCCGGCGCCGCCCCCUACGCCCAAACGCGGCCUUACUCCUACUACACUCUGCCGCCGUCCUCCGCCAAGAUAAGCCGGUCGAUGGGCCGGUCCAUGCGGACAAUCCGGUCUAACCUCUUCAGCGCCCACCAAUCCGGCCCAAUCCUCGAGUGCUCGCCCAACGUCUCCGAGAACCUCACCGACUCAGUCAUCGACCUCCGACUCGGUGAGCUCGCCAGCAAAUCGUCUCGCAACUCGAAAAUCCCCUCGUCCUCCGACCUCGACGGUAUACUCGACAUCUCCACCGCCUUCAGCGACGUCUCCGCCUGCUCGAGCGACAUCUCCGGCGAGCUCCAGCGCCUGGCCAACCUCCCUGACUCCGGUCCGAACGAGGGCGCGAGCUCGGAUCCCGAGCCCGAACCUUGCUCCGGAUUCCUACAGAGGGAGACGUUCUCCACGGAGAUCAUCGAGAGCAUCUCGCCGGAGGACCUCCAGCCGACGGUCAAGCUCUGCGUCGACGGCCUGCAGUCACCGUCGGUAGCCGUGAAAAGGUCCGCGGCGGCCAAGCUACGCGUACUGGCUAAAAACCGAGCCGACAACCGAGCCUUGAUCGGGGAAUCCGGUGCUGUCUCCGCCCUUGUCCCGCUCCUCCGCUGCUCGGAUCCGAUGACCCAGGAGCACUCGGUCACCGCCCUCCUCAAUCUCUCCCUUCACGAGGGCAACAAGAGCGUGAUUACAAACGCCGGCGGCAUCAAAUCCCUAAUCUAUGUCCUGAAAACGGGCACCGAGACCUCAAAGCAGAAUGCGGCCUGUGCUUUGCUCAGCCUAGCCCUGGUGGAGGAGUACAAGCUCUCGAUUGGGGCCUCCGGGGCCAUACCCCCGCUCGUGGCCCUAUUGAUUAACGGGUCAAACAGAGGGAAAAAGGAUGCACUCACCACCCUCUACAAGCUUUGCUCAGAAAAGCUGAACAAGGAGAGGGCGGUUAGUGCUGGUGCAGUUAGGCCGCUGGUGGGGCUGGUGGGGGAGCAGGGGACUGGGCUGGCGGAGAAGGCUAUGGUGGUUCUGAGUAGCCUGGCAGGGAUUGAGAUGGGGCAGGAGGCAAUGGUGGAGGAAGGUGGGAUUGCAGUCUUAGUGGAGGCAAUCGAGGAUGGUAGUGAUAAAGGGAAGGAGUUUGCGGUUUUGACUCUGUUGCAGUUGUGUGCAGAGAGUGUGACAAACAGAGGAUUGCUCGUUAGGGAAGGUGGGAUUCCGCCAUUGGUGGCUUUGUCUCAAACCGGGACGGCUAAAGCAAAGAUUAAGGCUGAAAGGCUUCUUGGGUACUUGAGAGAACCGAGACGGGAAGCUUCUUCGUUGAGCCCAUAA